AUGCAUAGUUUUUGGGUUGGGAGGAGAGAGAGGAGAGAGAGGAGAGAGAGGAGAGAGAGGAGAGAGAGGAGAGAGAGGAGAGAGAGGAGAGAGAGGAGAGAGAGAAUGUGGGGGGGGGGAAUUUGGAUUUGGAUUGAUUUAGAUGAUGAUGAUGAUGAUGAUGAUGAUGAUGAUGAUGAUGAUGAUGAUGAUGAUGAUGAUGAUGAUGAUGAUGAUGAUGAUGAUUAG